AACCGCGCAAGCCAAACAGUGAAUUGAACCUCGGUAGAUUUAAAUUUCGCGGAAGUUUCAAGCUACUGUCACAUGGAUGAGAAAUCUUCUUAGCUUUAUCCUUGCACCAUGAAAAAUUCUGCACUGCCGAAAACACCCAUAUCCCAACGUGGUUUGAGUGGUUAAGUGAAUCACUUUGAUUUGUUUUUAACUUUGCGCCGGCUGAUCAAGUUUUCAGCAUGAGUGAGGCUCGUGUUCACAGAGUUCGAUUUUAUAAUGUGGAGCCCAAAGCAAUUCAUUGCAUGGCUUACGACCCGGAUCAUCGAAAAAUUGCUCUCUCCAGGGCUGACAGUUCAGUGGAAAUAUGGAAUCUUUACCACACAGCAUAUCUAGAACAGGUCAUACCCGGUUGUCCUCAGGGCUCUGUUGAAGCAUUAGCGUGGUGCAAGUCUCGUUUAUUCAGUACCGGAAUCCAUGCGAGAGUUGUAGAGCAUGAUCUGAAAACGUUGCAAACAAAGUACUCACUGUCAGUGACAGCUGGUCCAGCAUGGUGUUUAGGUCUCAACCGCCAGAAGACAUUUUUAGCAGUUGGGACUGAAGAUGGCUACAUUAACAUUUUCAGUGUAACAAGUGAUAAUCUGCAGUAUGAGAAGCUAAUGGACAAACAGGAAGGUCGAAUACUAUGUCUAUCUUGGGAUUCUUCUGGAGAUUUUAUCGCUACUGGCUCAGUGGAUGCCGUGAGGGUUUGGAAUGUGCAUACAGGUCAUGCAUUGCACAAAAUGACAACAGGGCGUAAUGAAGCCAAAAAAGAAACUAUAGUGUGGUGUUUAGCUGUCACUGAUGAUUUUACCAUAAUAAGUGGAGAUUCUCGCGGAAAAAUUUCUUUUUGGAAUGGCCACUCUGGAAUCAACACAGAAACCUACCAGACCCACACUGCAGAUGUCUUAUGCUUAGCUUUAUCAGAAGACCAAUCAACCCUCUAUUGUUCAGGUGUUGAUCCAGUAAUAGCAACUUUUACAAGGAUUUCUAUUCGAAGCUCUGUUCAGCAAAAUGGUUUGACGGGUGCUAUGGGAACUAAGAUAACUCCUUCCCAGCGUACUCAGUGGUGCAGGUCAGCCAAAGGGCGGAUUCAUGACCAUGAUGUUCGAGCCAUGGUUGCUUGUCAUGGUAAACUAUGUUCAGGAGGCAUAGACUCUUACCUAGCAAUCAGCCGACCACCAAAAGUGCUUGUGAAGCAUCCUCCAAUUCCUCAAGCUCCCUGUGUUUUGGUCUGUCCUCAGUCUCGUUGUUUGUUAUUAAGAAACACAUCCUCUUUAGAAGUAUGGAAAUUAGGUGAAUCUGAGAAACGUCAGAACACUAUUGUGGAAAAUGGAUCAAGAAACAGACAGAGGCGUCAAUCUGGAGAUGGUGGUUCUGCCCAGUCAAGACAAACAUUCAAACAAAAUGGUGCCAGCUCUUCUGGACCUCUGAGACUAGCGCAAAAUCCAGUUAAAAUAUUGGAGCUGAAAAGUCGGAAUGAUGAACACAUUGUGUGUUCUGCAUUGUCCAGUGAUUCUAAGUGGUUGGCCUAUUCUACUGAUUCUUUAAUCCGCAUUUACACCCUAAGUUAUGAGGAUGAUAACAACCCAACACUUGAAAAGGUGGCACCUCUCCCAGAAGAAUGUGUUCCCUCUCAUCGCAUGAGAUUCUCCUCCAAUAAUUGUAGGCUUGUCACUGUUACUUUAGAUGGACAAAUAGUGAUAUUUGACUUGACUGCAAAUGAACCCUCUGUUACCUUUAGUUGUGCUUUGGAUACAACUAAUUACUUAAAAGGUGCUGUGCACUUAUUAGAAAUUUCUGAGGACCAAAAUCUCAUCAUCACUGGUGAUCAUGAGAGUAAUAUUGUUGUCUGGAAAGAAAAUAAGGUUCACUGCUCCCUCCCUCACUACACAUGUGGUCCAUCAGCACUUAGUAUCAGCUCAUGUUCCAAAUAUAUUGUAGUUGUUUAUAUUGACAACCUGAUUGUAGAAUACAGUAUCCAGGAUAAAAAAUUGACGGACUUCUCAAGAAAACUGCAACACAAGCUCCCAAAUGAGUGGAUGGCGCGGCCGUUCCCGGUCCUGAAUGUGUGCUACGACCCCCGGGACUCUAACAAGAUCAUUAUGCACGAUGACAGCACGAUCUGCGUGUUAGACAAGUUGAAGAAAAUGGCGCAUCCCUCCGCCAAGAUCCCCCGCCUGGACCUGACCCUCAAGAAGUACGGCGCCAAGGAGGAGGGGACGCACCCCGGCACCAGCAGCGCCGACCACACCUUCCGCCUCAUCAAGUGCUACAAGCAUCUGGUGUUCUUCGGCUGGCUGGCCGGUGACGAGGUGGUGGCCGUCGAAGUGGAACCGCUGCAUCUGCUCAAGCAGCUGCCGCCGGCCCUGUACAAGAAGAUGUUCGGCGUGUGAUGAGUCGCACGAGGCGCGGGUACGUCGCGUGGACGUCGCGUGGACGGAGGGCGAAGUGAAGUGCUCACCGUGGAAGUCGAAGGCGCGCCCGGCGGGCCUGGCGGGCCUGGCACGCCACUUCUCCUUGAGGGUUUGAAACGGGAUGCCGCCCUUUGCCCUCUUCCCCAGCCGCAGUGAACGGAGAGCCCUCGAGCACUCGUACUGAGUAUCUUCUCUAGCCGCCAGCACCGCCACGUCCUCGUCGGGCCGCGUCGUCUCACUUGUCCGCCCUCGCCCUGUCAGGUGGCCGCGAGCCGCCGCGCCGCCGCGCCGUCUGAGACGCCCGGGAGGACUCGCCGACGCCCUCGACAUCGUGAGUGGAAGGAGGGGAGCGGUAGAGCGGCCUUGUCUGGCACGCGGCAGAUACCAUCUCGAUGGCGCCGACAGUCGAAGGCGAAAUGAAUCCAAACAAGUAUUGCUGU